UCAAAGUCAUCGGUCAUAGAAUCGGACGAGCUAGGAUUUGUCCAGCCAUACGAUAACCUCACAAUCCUCUUGAGAAAUGUAAUGAGAAUACCACUUCAGAAACUUUCAUGCGCUGGUCUGUCGUGUCUUGACCCGAUUGAUAUACCAAGUCCCGCUCACGCACAGGUACCUGACGUUCAGUGGAGAUACGCGUAGCAGAUAUAUAUUUGGAGCUUCCAGUCCCCCCAUCACCUUUCUUUCUGUAUACCGCUUUCUGUUGCUUUUCUUCUUGUAAAAGAUCCUUUUUUAUUCUGAAAUUCCUUCAAAGAGAAUCAAGAGUCUCAAUUGGAUAUCUGUCUGUUGUCUUUCUUCUCCCAAUUGACUUCUGCAAUUCGCUAGAAUGGCUUCCAAUAGACUUCAAUCCCUCGCAUAUCACCUCGCCGCAACUUCCCCUCCACCUCAUCCAUUCGAUCCUCUCUCCAAUGCAGAAAUUGAGAAAGCAGUUCAGAUUAUCCGGGCUGAGAAGGGAUCCGUUCAUUACAAUGCCAUCACAUUAUAUGAACCUCGCAAAAAGGAGAUGAUGAAAUGGCUCGAGAGCCCAGAAGUUGUUCCAAGACCAAAGAGAAUCGCAGAUGUGGUGGUUAUCGCGCCAGGUGGUAAGGUGUACGAUGGCUUGGUUGAUCUGGCAGAGGGAAGAGUUUUGAAAUGGGAAAACAUUGAUGGUGUACAACCUUUGAUCACCAUGGAAGAUCUCCAAAUUGUCGAGCAUGUUGUUCGUAAAGAUCCCAAGGUCAUUGAACAAUGUGUGUUGAGUGGUAUUCCAGCGGAAGAUAUGCACAAAGUGUAUUGCGAUCCAUGGACCAUUGGUUACGACCACCGAUUUGGCAACAACGUUCGUCUACAACAAGCCCUCAUGUAUUAUCGACCACACAUGGACGAUUCGCAAUACUCUUUCCCCCUUGAUUUCUGUCCUAUUUUCGAUGCCGAAAAACAAAAGAUCAUUCACAUCGAUAUCCCUGAGAUUCGAAGACCCGUGAACAAGGCAGCGCCAAACAAUUAUCACCCAGCGAGCAUUGAGAAAGAGGGAGGGUACAGGAAAGAUAUCACUCCAAUCAAUAUUACACAACCAUCUGGCGUAUCAUUCAAGGUCAAUGGUCGAGAGCUCAACUGGCAAAACUGGAACUUCCAUGUCGGAUUUAAUUACAAGGAAGGUAUUGUCCUCAACAACAUUACAUACAAUGACAAGGGUACUGUCAGACCUAUAUUCUACAGACUUUCUCUCGCCGAGAUGGUUGUUCCUUAUGGUAACCCCGAACAUCCACAUCAACGUAAACACGCUUUCGAUCUUGGAGAGUAUGGAGGAGGAUACAUGACUAACAGUCUCUCUCUCGGCUGUGACUGCAAAGGUGCUAUUCAUUACAUGGACGCUGCCUUUGUAAACCGUGCAGGUGAGAGCACCACCAUCAAAAACGCCAUCUGCAUCCACGAAGAAGACGCCGGUAUCCUCUUCAAACAUACCGAUUUCCGCGACGAAUCCGUCAUCGUCACUCGCGGCCGCAAACUCAUCAUCUCCCACAUCUUCACCGCCGCCAACUACGAAUACUGCGUCUACUGGAUCUUCCACCAAGACGGCACCAUCCAACUCGAAAUCAAGCUCACCGGUAUCCUCAACACCUACUCCAUGAACCCCGGCGAAGACACCAAGGGCUGGGGCACCGAAGUCUACCCGGGCGUCAACGCGCACAAUCAUCAACAUCUCUUCUGUCUGCGCAUCGACUCCAACAUCGACGGCCCCAACAACACCGUCUUCCAAGCCGACGCCCUCCCCGGCGCCGGCGCCGUCGGCUCCCCCGAAAAUCCCUACGGCAACGCCUUCUUCGCCCAAAAAACAGAAUACAAAACCGUCAACGAAUCCAUCUCCGACUACGACGGCGUCACCUCGCGCACCUGGGAAAUGGCCAACCCCAACAAACUCAACCCCUACUCCCACAAACCCGUCUCCUACAAACUCGUCAGCCGGGAGGUUCCCAAGCUCCUUCCCAAAGAAGGGUCGCUCGUGUGGAAGCGCGCCGGCUUCGCCCGCCACGCCGUCCACGUGACGCCCUACUCAGACGACCAGCUGCAUCCCGCCGGACGCCACGUGCCCCAGACAUCGGGGGAGCCCAGCGCAGGCUUGCCCGAGUGGAUCGCCAACGGCGAGGCGUCGAUUCAGAAUACGGAUAUUGUGCUCUGGCACACGUUUGGCAUCACGCACUUCCCCAGUCCCGAGGAUUUUCCCAUCAUGCCGGCCGAACCCAUGACGUUGUUGUUGAGGCCGAGAAAUUUUUUCACCAAGAAUCCCGCGCUGGAUGUGCCGCCUAGUUACUGCAGUACGCCGAGCAGUGUGGCGGCGAGUAAGGGUGGGGAGGCGAAGAGCGUGUUGAAUUUGACGGAUGGGAAGAGUAGGUUGGUGGAUGGAAAGAGAUGCUGUUGAUGGGAUAAUUUCAUUCGAGUGAACAAGUUUUGAGAAACGCUGUAAUUGAAAUUGAAAUGGAGGAUUGUUUUGGAUAUUUGGUUAUGGCGCCUUGUAUAUAUUGCUGCGUUUUAGGAGCCUUUGAAAAUGUUAUUUAUUUCACGUUAUG